ACAAUACAUCAUACGAAACUGCCAAGUCCGAGCGGUGCCAAGUCCGAGUGUGUGUACACACAGCCCCAGCUGCUCUAUACACAGAGAAAAAAAGAGUUAGGAUAAUUAAUAUGAGGGAGUAAAAAUCUGUCCCUGUAUAAAUAUUAAUUAUAAUCUCGAAUUGUAAAAGGUUAUAAUUAAUCCGUGGAUGGGGAAUCACAAACAGAAGUGGACAGCAGAUGAAGAAGAAGCCCUGAAAGCAGGUGUCAAAAAACAUGGCAUGGGCAAGUGGAAGACCAUUCUUGUAGAUCCUGAUUUUGCCCCCUCUCUCACUCACCGCUCCAACAUUGAUUUAAAGGAUAAGUGGCGGAACUUGGGUAUUAGUGGCACUGCGGCUGGGCAAGCCUCGAAGGAGAAAUCUCCUGUUUUAGCCAUUACAAAUGGCAGUGCCGCACUUCCUGCUGCUCAAAACACCAAUGCUGCUACUCAAACUGCCAGUACUGCCCUUGUUCUUGUGGAUGCCAAUGCCAAUGGUGUCCCUGAUGAUGCGAAAACUCCAGCAAAUGCUGUUAUGAUACCAACUAAAAGGUACUCCAAUUUGAUUUUUGAAGCAAUAUCUUCGACCAAAGAUCUGAGGGGGGCUGAUUUUAAUACCAUUGCCAGAUUUAUCGAGCAAAAGCAUGAGGUGCCCCAAAACUUCAGAAGAGCGUUAAGUUCAAAUGUCAGAAGACUCACUGCGCAGAAGAAGCUUGAGAAGGUUGAGCACCGUUUCAAGAUAAAAAAUACAGGUUCAAGAAUACCUACACCAAGACAGAGGGGGGAUGCAAAGGCAGGGACUUCUAAAAAGCCUGGUCUAUUAGACCCUAAUACAUUGGAAGGAGCCAAUAGCAUUGCUUCCCACAGGGUUGCUGAUGCAGACAACAAGUCAUUUGCGGCAGCUGAAGCAGUGAAAGAGUCAGAAGAUAUCAAAGAAUUGACUGAAGAAUCCUGGUUAAUAUUAGAGGUAGCGAAGGGGAUUUGGGAGCGAUGUAAUCUUUGAAAACCCAAAUUUACUUUGGGAACAAAGAUGAUCAUUUGUUGUUCUCAUCAAUGCACCGCCAUCAUUGGCGUGUUUAAGUAGUUUCGGAGAUUAACAUUGACUGUUAGUUUGGCAGUUGAGGCGUGACUAUUGUUAUCAAUCCUCUUUUUUUUUUUUUUUUUUGAACUAUGAUACAUGUUGUUCCUUUGUAAUCUUGUGGAUAUAUAGAUAUUACAUGGGAAGAAAGUAGAAGAUAUCACAUUUAGCUGCUUAA